AUGAGUAGUGACGCAAUUAAAUUGAAUUCCAAUCUCAAAUGUGAAGUUCAUACACAGCUUCUCAAACCACAAAAUGAGAAUGAAAAUGAUAAAUUACUGCAAGAAAUUGUCUUAAGGAUGAGUGAAAGACCACGGAUCCUCGAAAUCCUCGAAGCAUUUCGAAAAAUUCAGCCAUUUCUCGAAUCAACCUCAAUUGUUCGAUUUCGCUUUGUUGAUAUUGUCAAUGAGCAAAACGAGAAUUCUACCCAUAAUAUGAAAACUAUCGUUGAAAGUUUUUUGACUUCGAAUUAUGACCAAACUCAUUCUAUUCUUAUUAAUGACAUCUUUAUCGAGCUAGAGAGUAACAAGCAGCCUACAUUCCUUGAGUCAGCUAGUGGUAAAAUUUACAACGCGGAAGAUGAAGACACUUUUGAGGAGCCUUGUGAAUUUGAUGAAAUCUUUUACUGGGGGUUUCGUCAAUGGUGCAUCUUCGUUCUCUUUUAUGUAUCAUUCAUAAUUUUUGUAGCUCAAUUUAUUCCUUCUUCUUAUUCUUUUAAUCUAUUCAAACUUUAA